CGGGUAUAAGAGACCCCCGACGCUGUCCGCGGUGCUGAAAACACACCGGAGGAAGACCAGGAAUCCCGGCUCUGCCAUGUCAGGACGUCAAGGCUGCUCAACUUGAAAGAGAAAAGGAAAUCAAGAGUUUAUUAAGUCAAAAAAAAAAAAAAAAAGACACAGCGGUACGGACGUUUGGACGCACACUCACGAGGAAGCGUGACGAGAAGACUGUGACGUCUGACCAGCGGAGGCUGGAAUCCCCACACAGGGCGCCCACCUGCAAGAAUUUACCAUCCUGCAUAUCGGUGGCACUCAUGGGACCCCACUACGCUUCAAGUGCCCUUCUUCUGCUUCUCUUGAUAGUGGUGUCCUCUGCCGACCCUACGGCACCACCUGAAGUCGGGCGUCUCGUCCCUACAGGAACGGAGCUCCGGAGAGACGAGCGAACGGUCGAAAGCGCGUCGAAAGAAGACCUCUUCGACGACGUGGACCCAAAAACUCUGGCCGCCCUUUUACUGGGGUCCCUCAAUCGCACGCGGCCAGAAACCAGGAGGGAAGAAGAUGAACGUGAGGAACGGGACAGAGACGGGCGACUGAAGUUGGAGCUUCUGAUGGCCGCCCAAGGGAAGGAAGAGAGGAAGAAAGCUGAGGAAGAAGAGGAAAAGAUGACCGAAAGGGUGAGCAGUCGCACCACCAGCCAAACGCUCCAGGUCCAGAGGGAACCAACGCCCGAGCAAAGCGUCGAGGAGGAGCAGCUCAACCCGGAGGAACUGAAGAAUCUCGAGACUGUGAUGAAGGAAUUUCCUCGCUUGGACACGGCGGUGAAAAGAGCGGAGGUUUCCGAGCCCGACCAGAGGACGAGUCGGGGCUACAGCAGCUUCAAUGACAUCAUCCCCUUGAACAAAGGCAACAACGUGGCCAUGUCCAAGAAGAAACUGAAAUGGCAAGAGGAGACACAGAAGGCCAUGAACGUUCCGUCGUUCAGAGGAAAAUUCGAUGACUGGAAAGAUGGUGGGGACAUCGAUGACCAAGAGGAAGAAGAGGAGCCCUUGAGUCCAGAGGAAGAGGAAGCCCGAGCCAAAGCCGAGCAAGAGGAGAUGAGGAGGCAGGCGGCGGAGGUGCAGCAAGCCAAGCUGGAGGAAGAGAAGUUGGCCGACAUCGCCUCGGACAUGCUUCUGCGCUACAUGGUCAAGCAAAACGGAGGCAAGUACGCGCCGUCGUCUCCGGAUGCUGCUGAGGACAAAAGGUCAGAGGAAGAGCGGGAGGACGACGACAUCGACCCUCAGACGAUCGACAAGCUGAUCGAGAUCUCCAGCAAGCUCCACCUGCCCGCCGACGACGUGGUGGACAUCAUCAGCGACGUGGAGAAGAAGAAGAAGAAAGACGCCAGCCCGCACGCCAGUUUCCCGGAACCUGACGACGCUCCGCUCCGCUCACCUGUCUCUAAGCAACCAUCCCUCAAUCUCAUGAAAAACUGGUUUCAGGAGCAAACGCCGAAGGAGCUUUGGAGCAAUCCUCCACCGCAACCAUACUCGUGGCUUAAAUCGCCGAAGAAACCCAUCCCUUGGGGAUGGAGUCGCUACCCCUACACGCAGCCCCUCUUCUACCCAGUUUACUACCCUCCACCUCGUCCCUCGUUCCGCUACUACAUCCCCAAAGCCGGCGUGGCCUCGGACGCCUUUCUGCCCCGCUCCCGGGACGGCGCGUACGCCGCCUUCCGUCCCAAGCAACGCUACCUCAACUGGGUGCAGCCCCUUUUGAGAAAGCCCCCGGUUCCCCUCCAGCGCAAACCCUACUACCCCAGAUACCGCCUCCCAUACCCGCAGAGGCUCCGCCUGCCACAGGAGCAGUUUUAUAAAGGACUCUUAACAGACAAUAAAUCUCACUUGGAGAAAUACAUUGAGCAGCUACUGGCAAAGAGACCGCGGGCGUAGGACCGAGGACUGCGUUACUUGUACAUUCCCUGGAAAUGCUCAGCUUCUGAACUGACACAGCAAAAAGAGGAAUGACUGAAUUUGCGCAUUAAAAAGGAGAGACAGCGAGAACCAAAAGUGGAAUUUGCCAUGUGGCAAAAUGGAUUUUGUGGCAAAAAAUUCCACAUGGCAAAAUCCAUUUGCCCACAUGACAAAAAAAAUGCCACAUUGCCAAAUCCAUUUCGCACAUGACAAAAAAACUGCCACAUGACAAAAAAAAAAAAAUGCCACCUGGCCAAAUCCAUUUUGCCACAUGGCAAAAAAAAUACCACGGCAAAAAAGUCACAUAGCAAAAUCCAUUUUGCCACAUGGCAAAAAAAUACAUGGCAAAAAAAACUGCCACAUGACAAAAAAAAAGCCACUUGGCCAAAUCAAUUUUGCCACAUGACAAAAAAAAGCCACAUGGCUAAAUCAAUUUUGCCACAUGACAAACAAAAUGCCACAUGGCAAAAUCCAUUUUGCCACGUGACAAAAAAGAAAAAGGCCACUUGGCCAAAUCAAUUUUGCCACAUUACAAAAAAAUGCCAAAUCCAUUUGCUACAUGACAAAAAAAUGCCGGACGACCAAAUCCAUUUUUCCUCAUGACAAAAAAAAUGCCACCUGGCAAAAUCCAUUUUGCCACAUAACAAAAAAAAAUAUACCACAUGGCAAAAAAAAAAAUUGCCACAUGGCCGAAUCAAUUUUGCCAUGUGACAAAAAAAAACCAAAAAAAAUCCACUUGGCCAAAUCAAUUUUGCCACAUUACAAAAAAAGCCACAGGGCAAAAUCAAUUUUGCCACAUGGCAAACAAAAUGCCACAUGGCAAAAUCCAUUUUGCCACGUGACAAAAAAAAAGCACUUGGCCAAAUCAAUUUUGCCACAUUACAAAAAAAUGCCACAUGGCCAAAUCCAUUUGCUACAUGACAAAAAAAUGCCAGACUGCCAAAUCCAUUUUGCCACAUGACAAAAAAAAUGCCACCUGGCGAAAUCCAUUUUGCCACAUGGCAAAAAAAAUUGCCACAUGGCCGAAUCAAUUUUGCCACGUGACAAAAAAAAAAAAAAAAUGCCACUUGGCCGAAUCAAUUUUGCCACAUUACAAAAAAAAAAACACAUUGCAAAAAAAAUGCCACAUGGCAAAUACCACUUUUGGUUCUCGGCCUUGCUGUUAAAAAGCCCACAAGAAAUCCUAAAAUUUCACAUCUAGUCUGCCUUUGGUGAGCGAGGAACAACAAUUCCAUACUGGACAGUGUACAGUAUUAUUGCGGCGGGAGCUGCAAGGCAGCUCCAAAAUGGCUCCGGUGACUCAUCCCUUUACGCAACUUCAAUUACCUUGUUGCUAUAGUGCCAAAGUGUGCAUGUGAUUUUUUGUUUUUUUUUCUUGGACUACUUAGCUCUGCUAAGAGUCAAAUUGCUGAAGAAAACAAAAUUCUAUACAUUUCCGAGCAAAUCAUCCAAGUUGUUUACAAACAUAUCGGCUGCCUUAAUGGUCACUGUGACGUUAGCUUUCAUUUUGAUGAUUUUUCUCAUUUACUGGAAGGUAAGCACACAUGGACUGCUUCAGAACAGAACUUCAAGUGGUUGAGAAUGUUCCCAACAUCCUCAAAUUGGUCGAGUCUUGCACCGAAAUGGCGCUAAAACGACGUCAACGGUGCAAGAGGGUAGGGGCGGGAACUUCUGGGUACUUCACGAUACAAGGCUUACGAUUAUCUCACGAUAUGGCGACAUGACAAUUAUCAAUACGUGGUUCAGGAAAUCAUUCGACGAUAUACAAUACAGUGGUAUGCAAAAGUAUCUGAACCUUUUGGACAUUCUCACAUUUCUGCAUAAAAUUCCCCAUCAAUGUGAUCUUUGUCAAAAUCACACAGAAGAAAAAAAUAGUCUGCUUCAACUAAAACCACCCAAACAUUCAUAGGUUUUCAUAUUUUAAUGAGGAUAGUAUGCAAACAAUGACAGAAACGGGAAAAAUAAGUAAGUGAACCAUCACAUUUAAUAUUUUGUGGCCCCCGCUUUGGCAGCAACAACUUUAACCAGACGUGAAAUCGGUUUGGCACAUCGAUCAGGACUAAUCUUGGCCCAAUCUUCUCUACAAAACUGCUGUAGUUCAGCCAGAUUCCUGGGAUGUCUGGCACGAAUUGCUGUCUUUAGGUAAUGCCACAGCAUCUCAAUGGGGUUCAAGUCUGGACUUUGAUGUGGCCACUCCAGAACAUGUAUUUUUUUUCUUCUGAGAACCAUUCUGAAAUUGAUUUACUUCUGUGUUUUGGAUCAUUGUCUUGCUGCUUUUUAGUUUCAACUGUCUGACAGAUGGCCUUAGGUUUUCCUGCAAAACAUCAAGAUAAACUUUUGAAUUCAUUCAAGUUGUCCAGGCCCUGAGGCAGCAAAACAGCCCCAAAUCAUGAUGCUCCCUCCACCAUGCUUCACGGUGGGGAUGAGGUGUUGAUGUUCCAUUUUUCCCGCACACAUGACGUUGUGUGUUACCCCCAAACAAUUCAACUUUGGUUUCAUCAGCCCAAAACAUAUUUUGCCCAAAAUUCUGUGGAGUGUCCAAGCGCCCUUUUGCGAACACUAAACAAGCAACGAUGAUUUAUUUUAGACAGCAGUGGCUUCCUCCGUGGAGUCCUCCCAUGAACACCAUUCUUGGCCAUAUAGUUGAUGUGAGAUAUUGGACUGUGCCAGUGAUUUCUGUAAGUCUUUAGCAGACAUGCUAGGGCUCUUUUGAACUCUGAACUCUUGGCAUCAUCUUCGGUGGACAGUCACUCCUUGGGAGAGAAGCCACAGUGCCAAACUAUUUGCACUAAAUUUAUUAAAAAUGCCACAUGACAAAAAAAAAACACCCACAUGGCAAAAAAAUGCCACAUGGCCAAAUCCAUUUUGACAAAUGACAAAAAAAUGCCACAUGGCAAAAUCCAUUUUGCCACCUGACAAAAAAAAAAAAAAAAACUACCACAUGGCAAAAUCAAUUUGGCCACCUGACAAAAAAAACAACUGCCACAUGACAAAAAAAAAUGCCACAUGGCAAAAUCAAUUUUGCCACAUAGCAAAAAAAAUGCAACAUGGCAAAAUCCGUUAUGCCACAUGGCAAAAAAAAAAUUGACACAUGGCAAAAAAAUGCCACAUGGCCAAAUCCAUUUUGCCACCUGACAAAAAAAUGCCACAUGGCAAAAUCCAUUUUGCCACCUGACAAAAAAAAACAAAAAACUGCCACAUGACAAAAAAAAAUGCCACAUGGCAAAAUCAAUUUUGCCACAUAGCAAAAAAAAUGCAACAUGGCAAAAUCCAUUAUGCCACAUGCCAAAAAAAUGCCACAUGGCCAAAUCCAUUUUGCCACCUGACAAGAAAAAACUACCACAUGACAAAAUCCAUUUUGCCACCUGACCAAAAAAACUGCCACAUGACAAAAUCAAUUUUGCCACAUGACAAAAAAAAAUGCCACAUGGCAAAAUCCAUUUUGCCACCUGACAAAAAAAACUGCCACAUGACAAAAGAAAAAAAAUGCCACAUGGCAAAAUCCAUUUUGUCACAUGACAAAAUAAAGCCACAUGGCAAAAUCAAUUUCGCCACAUGGCCAAAUCCAUUUUGACACAUGACAAACUGUAGACAACUUAGUCUGACUGCCGAUUGAUGAACAUCCAGACUUUUAGAGAUGGUUUUGUAUCCUUUUCCAGCUUUAUACAAAUAAACAAUUCUUGAUCGUAGGUCUUCAGAUAGCUCUUAUGACAGAGCCAUGAGGCACAUCAGACAAUGCUUCUCAUCAAGACAUUUCUUCCAGGUGUGUGUUUUAUAGUGGGCAGGGCAGUUUUAAACCACUCAUCAGUGAUUGGGCACACACCUGACAAAUUGUUUGGAAAAAAAUGGUUUAAAUUGCUCUUGGAGUCUCCUUGGGCAGAGGGAUCACUUACCCCCCCCACCCCUCCCCUUCUGUCAUUCUUUGAAUACUAUCCUCAUCAAAAUAUGAAAUGGGUGGUUUUCGUUAAAGCAGACACAUUUUUCAUCUGUGAUUUUGACAAAGAUCAGAUAACAUUUGAUAGUGAUUUUAUGCAGAAAUGUGAGAAAUUCCACAAAGGUUCAAAUACUUUUUCAUACCACUGUAUAUUGAUUUUUGUCACUUCCUGUUGAUUUUGGGGGUGAGUUAUGAAUCACUUCCUGCAUGAUGCAUUGAUUAAUGGGAACGUCGCCCCUACCAACAUGGCUGCCCUGAGGCCAUUUUGGUAAGGGCCAUAUUUUUCACGCUUCAAGUUGAAAUUGAAAUUGGGAGGGUCGGCAGCGUCAUUCAUUGGACGUCUAUCAUCGUCAAUGGCACUGAAAGAGUUCAAAAGAACGCCAUUUGCAUACAGAGUGCACGUGAAUGUCAAAUUGCAUCUAUUGCAACGAUGAAAAUUAAAAAAAAAAAAAAAACUGAAGCAACAACAUUGUAUCUUGAGAUCCUUGUUUGAGUGAUGUACCUUGUUGUAAUUGUCUAAUAAACAUGCAAGUGCACGCAUGUGGAUGACUACUUUUACCAGAAAACAAUAAAGUGGACUACUUUUGUAAUCAAGAGAAGCUCGCUGGUGUGUUCAAAGUGCCGCAACGAGGAGGGGAAGAUGUUGCUGGAUGAGUCACCUCGGCGCGUGACAUCAUGAAUCACUGCACCUCUGCGGGCAGAGCUGCAGACACGCACCAUUCCUUUCCUUUUUCUCACUCCGAUUUGACUUGACUAUUCUAGUUUGUUGUCACUACUAUUAUGAGGAAAUUCAGGCUUAUCAGAAUAAAAACAAUCGUGGAUUAGGAGUGGGAACUUCUGGGUAUCUCAUGA